AUGGGAGACUUCAUGCAGCCGGCACCAGCGCCCAAGACGGCUCUUGGGCAACAUCGUCCCCUCUCUUCGACCGCUGGCAUCAGAGUGUCUCCUCUCAUUCUAGGAGGCAUGUCCAUUGGCGAUGCGUGGAGCUCGUUCAUGGGUUCUUUGAACAAGAAGCAAGCGUUUGAGUUACUUGAUGCGUAUGUCGAUGCGGGUGGCAACUUCAUCGAUACUGCGAACGCAUAUCAGAGCGGGCAAUCGGAGGGCUGGAUUGGAGAGUGGAUGAAAGAGCGCAAGAAUCGAGACCAGGUGGUUUUGGCGACCAAGUUCUCCUUCCACUACAAGGCGGACACCGGACCAGAGAAGACUCCUGCGAACAACAACUACUGGGGCAACCACAAGCGAAGCAUGAACGUAUCGCUGAGAGACUCUCUGGCAAAGCUCCAGACUGACUGGAUCGAUAUUUUGUACGUUCACUUCUGGGAUUAUACAACCUCGAUCGAAGAAGUCAUGGACUCCCUGCACCUCCUCGUCCAACAAGGCAAGGUCCUCUAUCUCGGCAUCAGUGACACGCCCGCCUGGGUCGUAGCCGCCGCCAACAACUACGCCAAAGCCCACGGCAAGACGCCCUUUAGCAUCUACCAAGGCCGAUGGAAUGUCAUGCUCCGCGACCUGGAACGCGAGAUCUUGCCUAUGGCUACGUACUUCGGCAUGGCCAUUGCUCCGUGGGAUGUCCUUGGGUCAGGCAAGUUCAAGCGACCGGAAGAGAUCGCCGAGAAGAACUCCAAGGGAGAGGUCCACCGUUUCGGCAUGGAGCAGACGGAAGAGGAGCGCAAGAUGUCGGCGGCUUUGGCGAAAGUUGCCGAUGCGCAUGGUGUCAAGAGCCCCACGGCAAUUGCGCUCGCGUACGUGCGUUCCAAGGCACCGAAUGUGCUGCCUCUAGUUGGCGGCAGGAAAAUCGAGCAUCUCAGGGACAAUAUCAAGGGUCUUGAGAUCAAGCUGUCGGCAGAGGAGAUUGAGUUCUUGGAGAGUCAGAAGAACUUCGAUAUUGGCUUCCCCGGGACGUUCAUCGGGCAGGAUUGGCAAUUGACCGGGAAGCCGGCUCUUGCCAUCAUCUCUCAGGGGCCGAUUAAGGUGGGAGGCUGGCCAUGA